GCGAGUGUUGCAAGCCGAACUAUUUAAGUGUUUACACAACGAAAUAUAUAAUUCGUUUUGUAUAACCGGUUUAAUCGAUUCCGGUGAGGUUCAGUAUUGAGUUAGCAUGUCGUAAUGACGUUUACUAAUCACCUGGACAAUUGGUCACUAAUAGGUCGGCGCCAUUAAAGAUUAAGUUAGCUUUAAGUAAAUUGUUAAGAGUCGUGAAGAUUUGACAAAUUAAGGCAAUAAAUAAUCCUGAGGUUUGUUGAACUUCGCACGAAAACUAGUGUUGUAUGUUUUUGAAAAAGAUUUUGUACAUUUUUGUCAAAAGAAUACACUGGCGAAGAAACCUUUGGACUCUGAUGUCUUGUUUGUAAUGUUUUUCUGAUUAUGAAAUUGAUCUUUGGUAAAUAUUGACAGAGGCACUGCUUGAUAUUACCGAGAAAUAUUCGUAAUUUGUUUAAGGCCUUGUAAAUUAACCGUUAAAAGAAAUCGGGAUUAAAUUUGGCUUCCGAGCAGGCGUCCUAAUGACAGCCAAAACGGUCGUUGCUGGAAUGAUUGGUGACUCCAGGAAGGAAAAGGCUGUCUAAUGAUGCUGAAGGUGUUGGAAGGAAGGAUUUGAAAGGUGAACGGGAAGAAAAAACUGAGGUAGUAGUCCCAAAGGUAAAAAACUGUCCAGUAUAUAGCUGGCCUUGAGACUUCAAUGACAGUGAAUGGUAGUUCAUUCACGUCAAGUUUCUGUGACUGCCAAUGUUAGGGUUGUGAAUCAAGGAAGUAAAGUAAGUAUACCCAAGGACGAUCCAGUCAGAUUGGCAAGAAAAAGAACAUCCACUAAAAGGUAGUUCUAGGUAUUUGCGUGUUGAAUAAAAUCUGGUCAAAGUGUGAAUAGAUGCCGGUCUUCAUCUGUGACUAAGACAGGGGGAAAAGCACCUGUUCUUGAUAUGCUUCAGUAAACCUCUUCACAACAGACUUUUGUUGGUAAAUAUCAAGCUUGUGUCACAAGACGACUGAAAUACAGAAAUGUAACGACACAUAUUAAACGUCGAAGCAGGAUUGCAUAACUUAUAAGAAUUUGUUUUAUAUACAAGAAGUGAUAAAAUGAUUCAAAGAACAAGUUGCUCAUUUUCCAUGAAAUUUUUAAACCGAGGGAAGCGCUACACAUUUCUUGUUUUUUUGGCGACAAGUUUUCUUAGUGUUAAAAUAACGCCUACGUUUGGGUCUUCAACUUUUGACACACUUCGCCUGGGCGACCAAAUAACCAGUGACGUGCUGGAGGAACUCAGAGCGUUUCAAGCAAUCCUCACGCAACCCAUCGCCAUCGGCCUGCUUGUCCGAGGAGGGGUGGGUCCCCCUGGACCGCCCGGUGCCUCGGGUGACAGGGGUGAGAAAGGUACAGUUGGGGACAAAGGCUCGGAGAGUCUAGAGCCGGGAACUCCGGGCUAUGAAAAAAUUUAUGAUAGCGACGUUAAAUAUGCUAAUGAAGAGAAAACUGAUCGCAGAUAUAAUGGUAAUGUGGAGGCAGAUGACCAAAGGGGCGUACAGCGGAAAUACGUAUCAGAUCACGCUUCACCUGAGAAAACAAAAAUAUUUUGCGAAGGCGAAGAAUCAUGGUUAGGUUGUGAUCAUGACGAGAGAAUAAACAUUACGAAUGCAUUCUGGGGCCGAGACGAUUUCAUCACGUGUUCCCAGAAUGUCCCUAGCAACCACAGUACACGUCAAUAUAGCCUUGACUACGAUCGCGUUUUAAUGAAAGUGCGGGAAACAUGCAACUGGCGAUCACGUUGUGAAUUUUUUGCCACCCGAUUAUUCCUCAAUGAUGUCACUAAACCCCAGGUGUACAAAUACUUGCGGGUUGUAUACGAGUGCGUUCCGGAGACUUACGAUGACUUCGGUGCUCAACGGGGGAGAAUGUCGAGUAGAGACCGCGUUGUAGGACUGUGGGGUCGAGACAAAAGCAACUAGCAAAACGUUUAAU